AUGAGUCUGAACAAAUUGAGCGUUUCAGAGGUCUCUUUUUGUUGCAAGCGGGUGCUAAUCAGGGUUGAUUUCAAUGUUCCUAUGAAGGACGGAAAAUGCACGAAUAAUCAGAGAAUUGUUGCGGCUAUGCCGACAGUAAAGUACUGCCUAGAUCAAGGUGCUAAAAGCGUCGUUUUGAUGUCUCACAUGGGUCGGCCUGAUGGGCAGCCAAAUGAGAAAUAUUCUCUAAAACACAUAGUCGACGAGGUUUCAAAACAGCUUGGCAGACCCGUUAAAUUCUUGCCCGACUGUGUGGGGGAAGAGGUCUCAAACGCCUGCAGAGAUCCCGAGCCCGGGUCCGUCUUUCUUCUGGAGAAUUUGCGGUACCACGUGGAGGAGGAGGGCAAAGGUCUGGGACCGAAUGGCGAGAAGGUUAAGGCUUCGCCCGAAGCUGUUGCCAAGUUCAGCGAAGCACUAACCAGUCUCGGGGACGUUUAUAUCAAUGACGCUUUUGGUACCGCUCACCGUGCACACGCUUCCAUGGUUGGGUGUAAACUCCCAAUUCGCGCUGCUGGCUUCCUGAUGAGCAAAGAAUUGGAAUAUUUUGCGAAGGCCCUUGAUAAUCCUGUGCGACCAUUUUUGGCCAUUCUUGGAGGUAUUAUCGCUCCCGAACGCCCCAGUCUUAUUGGCAACAGUCUCUAUGAUGAACCAGGAGCCCAAACGGUAAAGGGUGUCAUGGAGAAGGCAAAGUCGAAAAAUAUCAAGGUGCAUUUGCCGUGCGACUUUGUGACUGGAGAUAAAUUCGCAGAAAAUGCUGCCACGGGAACGGCUACCGUGGAAUCUGGCAUUGAAGAUGGAUGGAUGGGACUCGACUGUGGACCAAAGUCGUCGAAGGAAUUUGCUGAAGCCAUUUCUAGAGCGAAGACUAUCAUUUGGAACGGGCCCGCAGGCGUAUUUGAGUGGGAGAACUUUGCGAAAGGCACGAAAGCUGUGAUGGACGCUGUCGUCCAAGCAACCGCCAAUGGUGCUAUCACUAUAAUUGGCGGUGGCGACACGGCCACAUGCUGCGCGAAGUGGCACACUGAAGACAAGGUCAGCCAUGUCAGUACGGGAGGUGGUGCGAGUUUGGAGCUUCUUGAGGGCAAGGUGCUGCCCGGUGUUGCUGCGCUUUCGGACGCUUAA